UGUGGUAUAAAAGAGGUGUCUAGUUCAUAUUUUGACUCAUAAAUCUGCAAGUGAGUCUGUGCUAUAGUUUAAACAGCUUCUGCCGGUGUUCUUCUGUCUGUGGAUUACCAGUUCACCUUUACUUUCGUUCAACAUGAAAUUCUUCAUCGUCCUGCUCGCCGUGGUCGCCGCCGUCUGCGCCGAAGAGAUGGCCUCCGAAUCCAUGAAGACCAAGCGCGGUCUGCAUCUGAGCCUGGGCUCGUACCACGCUCCAGCCGUGGUAUCGCAUUCCUAUGUCGCCCCAGCUCCACUGGCUGUGGCUCACCAUGCCCCUCUGGUUGCCGCCCCAGUCUACACUAAGACCUAUGUCCACCACGCCCCAGCUGUUGUGCACCAUGCUCCUCUGGCCGCUUACCACGCCCCAGCUUACGCAGCCUAUCACGCCCCAGCCGUCGUUGCCCACGCCCCACUCUACAGCGCCUUCCAUCGCCGUUAAGCAGCUCCGUUGGGAUAUUCGAGACUAAUCCCCUCAGUUAGGACAUAAAUUCCACCGUCAAUCCGUCCAUCUUAGAUUAAGUACUCAGUAUGCCUAAAGUGUGUGUGUAAAUAGUUGGGAAAACCAUGUGAACCAAAUCGUACUUUACUUUCGUUUGGAGAAAUACAAACCAUUUGCGGAAAUCA